AAGAGAAUGGCUAGAACCAAGCAGACAGCGCGCAAAUCCACCGGAGGGAAAGCUCCCCGCAAGCAGCUGGCGACCAAAGCGGCCCGCAAGAGCGCUCCGGCCACGGGCGGAGUGAAGAAACCCCAUCGCUACAGGCCCGGCACGGUGGCUCUGCGGGAGAUCCGCCGCUACCAGAAAUCCACCGAGCUGCUGAUCCGCAAACUGCCCUUCCAGCGCCUGGUGCGAGAGAUCGCUCAGGACUUCAAGACCGACCUGCGCUUCCAGAGCUCGGCGGUGAUGGCCCUGCAGGAGGCCAGCGAGGCUUACCUGGUGGGACUGUUUGAGGACACCAACCUGUGCGCCAUCCACGCCAAGCGGGUCACUAUCAUGCCCAAAGACAUCCAGCUGGCCCGCCGGAUCCGCGGGGAGCGCGCCUAAACGGAGCCUGGCCGGCCCUACACAUCCACCCCGAGAGAGAGAGAAACACAACGGCUCUUUUCAGAGCCACUAAACCAUCCAGAGAGAGCGGGAA